AUGUUUGCCUUCACAUCCCUUUUCAGACCGUUUGCCGCCUCGGUGGCGCAGAUUUCGGCCGUGAGGUUCGCAUCGAAGACCCACAGGGCAACGUACAAGAGAUGGAGAAAGACUGCGACCGGGUUCAAGAGAGGACUACAAGGCAGGAAGCACGGUAACGCCGGGUUCACGCAGAGGGUGUUGCGGGGCAGAACAGGCACCGCCUACUCUACCCACACGCAGUCGAAGAUUCUGCAGAGACUCCUCCCAAACAUGUGA